AGUACCCAACUGAAUUACAUCUUGAUAUUCAUUAUCCACAGUACGGUUUUGCAAUUGAAGUACAAGGCAUGCAUGAAAAAUGUCAUGAAUUCUUUUAUAGAGAUCCGAAUAAUUUCAUCAAACAGCAAGCACAGAAUCAACUCAAGAGUCAUGCGAAAAGAAUUGACCCAUAUAUAGUUAUUCCAGAACAUCUUCAAAAAUUUGAUCUUGCUG